AUGGCACAGAUAGACAUUCCAGAGGAAGAGAUUGGCGUUGCUUUCUCUGGUGGUGGAAUUCGCUCUGCUGCAUUGAGCUCAGGUGUGUUGCGAAGGCUUCUACAUCGUGAAGUUAAAUUUGGUUACGUGAGCUGCGUCUCAGGAGGAAAUUACACAGCCGCUGCCUACUUGGACUGGAAAUACAGACACGAAAGAACGGAUAAUCCGGAUUGGCAUAAAAAUUUUUUUGAGCAUAUGCGAAGCAGAGCUGGUUACUUAUGCAACUGGAAAAAUCCAUUACAAGGCAUUUUAGAGAGCAUCAUACUGGUUUUUCUGGUGAUCACAGUCAAUCUCCUCAUACCCUGCAUCAUCUAUAGCGCUGGCGCUAUUCCAUCUGCCUACGUCAUCGAUUACGUGCUUGGCGCGAUCAUGCGCAAAGGUUUCAAUUGCAGUGAUGUCCCUCAAUCUUCAAAAGGACUGAACACUUCAGUGAGACAUUGCACUCAACAAUUUGAGAUCGGUCAUCCAGAGGUGCGCGAGCAGUUUUACUUGUUCUCUGGCCUAUUCCUCGCAUUCUUCGUGUCCUACUUCGUCAAGACCAUCGUUCCCACGAGACUUCGCUCGAUUGCCCGUUACUUCAAGAUUUUAUCCGGGUUACUGCUUGCUUUGACUUUCUUCCCCUGGUUAAUACAACAGUCUACUGGGGUGUUACCCAGCUGGUUGAACGCGCUGAUAAUCUUCCUUAGCAUCUUCUUUUGGCUGGGAUUUCCACCAUUAAGAGGCGAAGUAUCCCUAGUACUUAUGGUGUACUUUUAUGCAUUCGUUGUGAAGUGGCGAGUGUAUGAGACAAGUGUUCUGGGUAUCGUGUAUGAGGAGCAACUUUUUUACAUUCUCCUCCUUAUUUCUGGAUUUUUCUUAUGGUUAACUCCUUUCGUUGGAAUGUUCAGCACUACGGCAGUUUUUGUAUACUACAGGUAAAUGGCCUAGAAGGCUUGUUAUUAUCGAUCGCCUAAAGGUGGGGGGUCGAAUAAUUUUGUUUGUGUCGCGAUAAAAUUCAUAUGAUCUACCUGUAAUAUUCAUUCAGUCCCCCCCCCAUUGACAGUGAAUUUCAUGUAGUCCCCCCUUUACACUCUAUUAGUAACAGCAGCUGCAACUUUCCUAAUGACUCAAUUUCAUCUACGAACAGAGAUCAUUUGGGUCAAGACUAGAAUCAAACGUUCGUUAGCCAAACUUAGUCUUCCUAACAUUUGUAUGUCAGUGGUACAGACAUGCAGAAAAACACAAAACAAAGGAGGCAGGAUUUCUGUUCGCAUUCAAAUCAUUCCAAAAAUCUUUUUGAAUCUAAGGUUGUUUUAAUUUUCAGGUGGAGGCUACAGCGAGCAUUUUUUACGGAGACAAGUGUUGGUCCACUUGGUUGUAAAGGAAUCGGUUGCCGAGACUUCUUCCCAAUACUGUCGUAUACUCGUCCGGAACGCAACCCAGAAAGAGUAACUCUGAUGAUGGAUGACCUGAAAGAAGUCAAACCGGAGUACAUCAGUUGUGUGGCAGUAGACUACUGGCGAAAAGAAUGGAAAGAAUUGCCCUACGCCGUAAUGGCUCUGUCGCCGAAUAAAAUUGAGCGAAUCGACGAUCAGCCCGGCAAGUCCAAGGUGUCGGAGGUAUUAAAACCAAAAAACGUCAGCGUGGCGGAUGCCAUGGUUACUUCUGCCGCUGUUAUGACACUAAGUCCGGAGCAGGAGGAGCCGUACAGAGAUUUACAAGUGCAACUGGGCCUAACCCUCCGGAAGGGUUUCAGCACGGAGGAAGAAGGAAUAGCUUCAAAGGUGGGUGGCACGGAGAGCGAAUUUACUUUCUUGAGGAAGCUAACGUAGUAUAACAAAUAGAUUCAGUUUUUGCGCGCGUCUGUUCAGUAGCAGAGAAGACGUCGAAAUGUAGUAAUGGACUACUCAUUGUUUAUCUACUGGGGUAGUAGGAGUGGAGUAUUUUUUGGGGGAUCACAUGAUUUCAGGGAGAACAGAAGGGGAAUCAGUCGUUGCCAAUAGAGUAUGAAGAAGAGGGAGAGUAUUAUGGAAAACUGAAAUCUUCGCUUCAAAGCGGAGAAUGUGACCUUUAAAUAACUAUUUGAUAUAUUCGCAUCGAUAACAAUAAUAAAUAUACCAGACAAAACGGGUAAAUAGUGCUUUCCGCGCGUGUUGAUUGCCAAGUACGGAAGUGAUUAGCAAGCACUUUUCGAUCAAUUCAAAGUUUCAACAAGUCCCCGGGCAACCCAUGGGAUUUGACUGUCGUCCGUGCCCAGGGAGGGGGUCGGGAGGUUUGGAGAAUUCUAGCCUUGCCUAGGUGGGGUGGGGAAUUCGAACCGAAAGUGUCAAAACUUUCUUAUGGAUCACACGUGUUUUAUCUUCUGAUAGGGAGGUAAUGACUUAACUUUCGCAAAUGAAUGGCUCAGAAGAAAAAGUCUAUAAGAUCUAGGUUUAAAAAUAAUUUAUGAUAAAAUCAAUUGCUGGUCAGUGAGUAGAAAGUUGCGGUGGCCUUUUAGAAAAAAAUUUGAAUAUCAAAUCGUGCUCUUGAGUGGGGCAUUUGAACACAGUUGAGGCCCAGGGGGCUGUAAUUUUAACGAAUUAAUCUUUAAAAGGUCAAAUACUCCGGGAGUUGUUCGGUGGGGGGGAUGUUGAAGCUUCGAAUUAAUCGACACAUAAUGAAAUGAGCUUUUGAUCAACCUUCGACAACUUUUUCAUUUUUGCUCCUUUCCUAUUCCCGUACUUCAUUGUAUUGUGAACGUUUUUUUUUUUUUUUUCAGAUUUUAACGAUUUUAAUCCAGAGCAUCGUAGCCCUCCCGGUGAUAUUGCUUGCCGUUAUCUGGUUUGCUAACUGGGAAAUUAAUGCCGAGGGUGUGGUCAUCGUUUUGUUCGUGGUCAUCGCUUUGUUCGUGAUAUUUUUUGGCAUUGCCAUGUUUCCAACCGGCGUAGAUACACCAAACUUCCUUAACAAAUUCGCAAGGUAAGAAAUUAGAUAAUUUGGUUCAAAUGAGUUUUCAUGUAUCGUGUGCGUAGCGGAAAAUGUUAGCUUCAUUUGAGUCCCCAUAAAUCUAAUGUAAUUGAGACUGCCAAUCAGAACUGGACAAAGGUAAAUGCAUGCAACACAGAGGGGGAGGGUGGGGGAAGGGAAUAAGUCGUGAGAAAAUAAGAAGCAUCGAGAAGAAACUAAUACAAUAUGAAUCUAGGAAUCCUUUCACCACUUUGUUAACCCUUUAACGCCCAUUAUCUCGUUAGUAAUUCUCCUUACUGUCUGCCAUACAAUUCUUAUGAUGCUAGUUCAGAGAAUUUGGUACUGGAUCAACUAGAAAAUCCUCAAACUUAUAUUUUUUUUUACUCUCGUCACCUUUCUGAUUGAUAUUGUAAGGAGAAUUUCUGUCUUGGUCACUCAUGGGAGUUAAAAGAUGCCCUAUCACGAUCUUCAUUAAGUGAAUGUCACCAUUAUUGAUGCCUAUUUAUCAAGAAAGAGAGACAAAAAUCUUGUUUCAGGUAUAGCUCAUCAAAAGCUAUUCUUAAAUUUUGCAAAAAGAUUCCAACUUUUUGAACAUUUACCGCCGUUGUUGUUUUAUAAAGGUGUUUAAUUUGUCAAUGAUUGCCCCUGAACAAACGUAAUUUGAUAAAUGUUGGUUUUGAUCACCCUUCGCUUCGUUGUAGUUACUUUCCUUGUAUUGACUCAGACCUUAUAUAUUAUAUAGAUGGUGUCACGUGCAUCUAUAUCACGUUCGAAUGUUGCGCGAGUUCUUUCAAGUCGACAACGUCGGCCCCAGUCCCCCAGCGCUUCUGUCUCUUAGUGAUGGAGGUCGCUUGGAGAAAUUUGGUUUGCUACCACUACUGAAGAAACAACUUAAGAAAAUUUUAAUCGUGGAUGGAAGUUUCAUAAGGAGCGACGAAGAUUACGCCAAACAGAUCCUGAGAUCGCUGGAUCAAGCCAGAAAGGAAUUACAUUGUGAAUUUGUGGGAUGUACUGGCCGUGAUGUGAAGGAGGAGAUGCAGAAAGAGUACGUGGACGUACCUCGAGAUCCCCCGCCGAGAUAUUAUAAAUUCAAGGUUCAGUAUUACGACAAACAACCCGAUAAAAGCUAUGAGAGAGUGAAAGAAGGAGAAAUAAUGAUCAUUGCACCUCGUUACCCCAUUGGAGAGGAGCGUUCUCCAGAUUUGGAGAAUAAUUGCGCAAAUGAAGCUGACCGCUCGACCUUCUACUGUUGUCAUUCAAUCUCCAAAGUCCUUCAGUGGAUAUCUAAAAAGCUUUGUUUGGGAUACCCAUGCACGUCAACUGUCGAUCAAUCUACUCCAGAUUUGGAGAAUAAUUGGAAUCAGUACCACGAUGAUACCAGAGAGACACUUGACGAAACAGAGUGGGGUAGAGGGCCUGUUCUCAGCGCAAAUGAAGUUGACCGCUUGACCUUCUGCUGCUGUGAAUGUUGUCACUCAAACUCCAAAGUCCUUCAGUGGAUAUCUAAAAAGCUUUGUUUGGGAUUCCCUAGUACGUCAACUGUCAAUCAAUUCUUUACGUCUUCACUCUAUACAGCCUAUCACCGCGAGGGGUAUCGCGCAUGCGUAGAAUCUGAUGCCGAGAAAUUUCUCACGAAGGGUGAAGCCGAAGGCCCGAGCACUAGUUGCCCUUCGGGAACUGAGUCCGCACUCCCGCAUUCAACAGAAGGCCGGACACUUGAGAGCAACCGUGUCGUCACGGGAAGAUCAGAGACCGCAACCGAGAUAACAGCUAACAGCAAGAAUCUGCCUAAUCAAGUUAUGUCCUCUGCAGAUGCUGUAUAAUGAGGAAGAACGUAUCAUCCAGCAAUUUAAAUUGUAAAAUGUACUGAACUGCGGUCUUACCGUAUGUCCUCUUUAUUUCUGACUGUUUAACGACAGAAGUGGCGGUGACCAGGAGCUCAUUAAUUAUAGGCUCCUGCGGUUACUUAAGAGUGCCUCAUUCCCAGAGCUCUUUCUGCCUGAAAACCAGUAGCCCACUUGGUCACCUGCGCUUCGCGCUCGUCACCAGUCGCUUUUGCUUUGAGCUUAUUGCUCGCCAUUCUCGCGAAAGCCUGAGUAAUGGGUAAAUUGGUCUCAUCAGGCUUUCAUAGGGAAAUUACCGUCAUAGGAAAGAUGAUACAAAAUAAUUUGUUAUUAUUAAUUGUAUUUUUUAGACAAGAGUGCCUUUUAAAGAUCAUGAAAUUUUGGUUUGGAAGAGAAGUUUGCUAGCUGAUUGUUGUAUCAUCUACAAGUGUUUCUAAGCUCAUGUGUCUAGUUAUCUCAAAAGUCUACUAAAGUUUACCAGCGAGACUCACUCAUGGCAGACUUGGGACGCUAACGUAAAUGUAGAGUGUUCACACGUAAAACGUAAACGGAACAAGGCGGAAGAACUUUCACUCUGACCGUUUGUCAGGCGUGGAAUAAAUUACCUUUCCCAUACGAAAAACAGGUGCACUUAAUGCUUGAAAAACUCCCUUUAAAAAAAGGAUUUCCAAGAUCAGCAGCUUUCUCAAAAUCAUUCCUCUUUAUUAAUUAAUUUCUGCAUAUUUACAAUGAUUUCAUGGUUUGUAAGAGAUUUUCAGUUUUUUUUUUUAAAGUACUAAGCGAUGCAAAAGUUGUUGUAAUGCAACCAUGAUAGCUAUUUUGUAUUUUCUAAAAUGUCUUAUAUAUAUACGUUACGUGAAGAUGAAUAAGCCCACCAGCAGAGUUAGUUGUUGUCGGCAAAGACCGGCCGUUUAGAGAAGCUUUAUAGAGAUAUUGGGGUAAUUUUAUUUUUCUGUCGUUUCAGAAUUGAUACCGUCAGGAGCCCAUGGGCUCCUGUACCGUAAUAUAAGUACAAUUUUUAGUGAAAGUUACCAUGCAGCUGUAUUAAUACAUGGUAUUAAGAACAUUUAAUUCAAUAAAAUGGGCGUUUAAAAUAGUAUGAGGCUUAAUCGAAUGUAAUAUGGCAGCUACAGUUUCAGUUUGAUAAUGACACAAAAGCCAAUUAAGUAAGUGCGGAUCAUAUUUGACGCUUCCCAAUAAGUUUACUCCUUGAUUACUCCAAUUCCUCAUCAAAUGAACCUCUGAAAUGGUCACCAAAUUAAGGGUGACAAGUGUUUAACUCGUACAUAUAUUCAUUCAUCCACCCUUCAUUUCGUCCAAUUUCAGUACGCAAGUUCGCUUACAAUCAUUCCGAUUCUAAUCAACUAAGCACAUGAUAUAAAGAUUAAGAAGACUCCAUGGAGUACAAAUAUUAAGUAAUGAUAUGUAACGUGACAAUUUUAUUGGAUGGUGAAUAACCAAUUAUACGUGAUGAUAACUUCCCAAAUAUUACUGAUUUGCCUAAGAAUUUAGAAAGGCUGAUGAUACAUUCUUCUGAUUGUUUUCGUUUCGAUUUGAGAUUGGGGAAACAGUGCUUUUGCCUAGUAUCCUUUCUGCGUGACGUGUUUGUGAUUUUGCGUGACAUGUCACGAGGGAAAUUUCCCUGCAAAGAAUCAUGGAAAACUUUGACGUGUCAACGCAUGCGCAGGAUAUUAGCCGAAAACAAACUUGUCGUGCAGUCUUACUGCUAAGGUACAAGAUAAUUUGGCGUAUAAAUCAAAAAUCUCUUUUAAUGACAGACUCUUUGGUUAUUACAAAUAGAAUAUAGAUAUUUUAUUGCAAUGCUACCGGAGCCUGCAAAUUCGUCUUAUCAUUCGCCCUCAAAGAAGCGUUCGCGAUGUAUGUCGACCUCGAUGCAGUACAAGUUUCUUCGUCGGAUCUUAAAAUAUCGGCAUAUGGAUUUUGAAUUUGCCCUGUGGCAGAUGCUCUACCUUUGCGUAUCACCAAGAAAGGUGUAA